GUGAACUCGAGCGCUGCCUCUGCUGGUAGUUGUGCGCGAGGAACUCCCGAACUACUCCGGCAACCCGUUAUAACGGUCGACAUGGCGACCGAGGAAAUAACCAAGCGUUUUCUUAAGAAAAGAUGAAGAUAGCUGAUACUCAGUGAAGAAUGAGCGAGUUUCAGGUUUCACACCAUGUGAUGAUCACCCGGGACGUGUGAACUUAUUUAAGAACUCCUGUGUUCAGAAGAUUUUUUGAUUCCAGUGGAAUCUUUCAUCCCCCCCCACCCCAAUCUAUUAUUUCCUUUUUGUUAAAUGACACACCCAAUCACACAUACACCUGCACGCACACCCAGGAGAAGCGCCCUUGUUUACAUGUAGAACAACCUCGCUACAAUGCCUGUACAAGCUCCACAAUGGACAGAGUUUUUACUGUGCCCAAUAUGCACCCAGACGUUCGAGGAGACAGUGCGUCGGCCCAUCAGUCUGGGUUGCGGCCACACUGUUUGCAAGAUGUGCCUCAACAAGCUUCAUCGCAAGGCCUGUCCCUUUGACCAGACGGCCAUCAACACCGACAUCGAGCAGCUGCCCGUCAACUCGGCCCUUCUGCAGCUGGUUGGGGGUCAGGUGCCCAAACAGCAACCUGUGGCGCUCAUUGCGUGCCCAGAGGACACCAAGCAUUAUGAUGAGGCUCGGCAGUGCGUUGAGGAGUUGGCCCUCUACCUCAAACCCCUCAGCAGUGCACGAGGAGUGGGGUUGAGUAAUGCUGCUCAGAGCAUGCUGAGCCGCCCCAUGCAGAGGAAGCUGGUGACUCUGGUGCACUGUCAGCUGGUGGAAGAGGAAGGACGGGUCAGGGCCAUGCGGGCGGCCCGCUCUCUGGGCGAAAGAACAGUUACGGAGCUCAUUCUGCAGCACCAAAACCCCCAGCAGCUCUCCUCCAACCUGUGGGCUGCCGUGAGAGCCAGAGGUUGCCAGUUCCUGGGCCCCGCCAUGCAGGAGGAGGCACUAAAGCUGGUGCUGUUGGCUUUGGAAGACGGAUCCGCUCUUUCUAGGAAGGUUCUGGUCCUCUUUGUGGUCCAGAGACUUGAACCGAGAUUCCCUCAGGCCUCCAAAACCAGUAUUGGACAUGUAGUUCAGCUCCUCUACCGUGCCUCCUGCUUCAAGGUGACUAAGAGGGAUGAGGAUUCAUCGCUAAUGCAGUUGAAAGAGGAGUUCCGCACGUACGAGGCACUUCGGCGGGAACACGACUCUCAAAUCGUUCAAAUCGCAAUGGAGGGAGGGCUCCGCAUCGCCCCUGAUCAGUGGUCCUCUCUGCUGUAUGGAGAUCAGUCUCAUAAGUCACACAUGCAGUCCAUCAUCGACAAGCUGCAGACCCCAGCGUCUUUUGCUCAGAGCGUGCAGGAGCUGACCAUCGCCCUGCAGAGGACGGGGGACCCUGCCAAUCUCAACCGGCUAAGACCUCACCUCGAGUUGCUCGCUAACAUCGACCCCAGUCCAGAUGCUCCUCCUCCCACCUGGGAGCAGCUGGAGAAGGGGCUGGUGGCGGUAAAGACGGUGGUGCACGGCCUAGUGGACUUCAUCCAGAACCACAGCAAGAAGGGCGCCGACACGCAGCAGCCUCCCCAGCACAGCAAAUACAAGACAUACAUGUGCAGAGACAUGAAGCAGAAAGGAGGCUGUCCCAGAGGAGCUAGCUGCACAUUCGCUCAUUCUCAGGAGGAGCUGGAAAAGUACCGUAAAAUGAACAAACGUCUUGCUGCGCGAGUGCCCUGCACCCCUGGCCUGCUGCCUGAGGAGGUGAUCCCGCUGGAGCCUGGGCGAAAGGCCCUUACCAACGGCAUUGUUGCUGGUCCUGGGACGCCUCUUCCCCAGCUCAUCCCCAGAGGCACAGACCCCUCCACGUAUGAGCUCUUACUCAAGCCCAAGAUGGAUGGCUCUAGCCACAGUGCUCCUGGGUCGCCACCUGACUCUCUGGAUACAUCUGGCUUGUCCCUGACACCCCACCCUGUGCCUCACCACAGGGCGGAGCACUUACCCAUGCCCAAGCAGGUGCAAGUCGUGCCCAGAGGUGCGCCACAGAUGUAUCCGCAACAGCAGCCCGAGCUCUUCUAUCCAGAGCCAGCCAGACCUGCCUCGGGAUCUCAGUAUGAUACUCAGUACCCAGCAGGCAACCCCUACCCAUACCAACCACAGUAUGUCUCUCCCCGCUACAUCCGUAACCCGCCUCCCCCGGGCGAGUCUGCAGUGCCACCUUACACAGAGCCCUACCCAGGUUACGGCCCAGAAAGCCAAUACCAGGGCCACCACUCUGGUCCCCCUUUCUCAGCCCACACCUAUGGACCGCCCCCCCAUUACAGUCGCAGGCACGGACACUAUCCCGCGCCCCCGCCUCCGUUUGCCCCUCCCAGAGACGACUUGGUCAGGAUGAGCCCGGUUCCCUUGGACGUUCCCCCGACUGCUAUGCCUCCACCUCCAUCAGGAGCUGCAGGUUCUCUGUACCACCCCCAGGAGACCUCAUCCAGAGACAGAUACCCACCGGACGGGUACUAUCCAGCAGGACCGCACCACAGCCAAAUGAGGUCCCACAUAAGAGAUCCAUACAGCCGCCCUCAGCCCAGUCUGGAUGACUUGCAUCGCAGGCGCAAGGAGCUGCUUGUCCAGCUGGAGGAGAGAAAAGUCAUCUCCCCUCCCCCGUUCGCUGCCUCCCCCACUCCUACACACCCGUUCCCCAACGACUACCCUCAGGAGUAUUUGGAGGACGGCUCUAAAGCCUUUGGAAGUCGGGAGCCGGACUAUGCUGGGCAGUAUUCCCCGUGGUCAUGUGACACCAUAGGAUCAUACAUUGGCUCCAAGGAUGCUAAACCAAAAGAUGUCAGUAAUGCUGUGGAGAUGAUGAAUGCAGAGGGAAAAGUUCUGCGUGAACCUCCACUGGACACCCAGCGGCGCUCCGCGGAAGCCAAAGACGACGAUCCCAUCAUUCCCUUUGGUCCUCUGCCCACAGUGUCUCCUUUUGGUGCCAUUUCACGUACCUCUAAAACGGGUUACCAGACCACUGGGCCUGUACAGGCCAUGGCGUCCUCACAGGUCUCGGGCUCCAAACACAUGACAGCAGACUAUCCGUAUGGAAGCCACAGCGGAUGGGGCGGACCGUCGUACCCUCAGCACCAGAGCAUCAACUCUCAGGGACACUUCAGCGAGCGUCUGCCCAUGUCUGCCCCUGACCGCGAGCAGCUCAAGAUUGAGCUCCAGCAAGUCAACCAACAGAUCAGUCAGCAGACCCGCGGGAUGGAGGCUGCCAGUAACUCCAUGCUCCUACAGAGGGAGGCGUGCGCGCUGGCGUCUCAGCCCGCGGCCGGGGUGAAGUGGUCUUCAGGUGGCACUGUGUCCAGUGAGCAGCUCAGCCUGGAGCUUCAUCACGUAGAGCGAGAGAUCGGAAAGAGAACCCGAGAAAUUGCCAUUGAGAACCAGGUGGCCCAUGAGUACAAGCUGAAGGCCACAGAGAACGGGCAGCCUGACCAUAAAGCCCAGCUGGAAGAACUCUCUUUAGCACUGGGCGAGGUGUCUAAUGGAUCCAGUGGCAUGAAGCCAGCCAGUAGUAUGGGUGGAUCUAUGCUCUCGCUGGCCAAUAAGACGUCGUCUCUCUCCCUCUGCUCCGCUGACCAAGCGGCGAGUAGCUCAGACCUUCAAAAGAACGGGGUCGUUCAUUCUUGCUCUUAAGAGUGUAUUCACACACCUACACACACAUUUACGCAGACAACCUCUCCAGAGGUCAAUAUUCCUCCUCGGAGGGCUUUGAAAUUUGUCUCUUGACCAACUCGACCGGUUUCAAGAGGUUUUGCAAGAUGCGUUUUUAAUAAUCAGACGGAG